GCUGGCGGCUUUGCGCCAACUUAGCGGGAAAAACUGGUUAGAGGGAUUUAAAGUCGUUUCGAAGCGGCAGCGCUCGAACUGUGAGCGAAAUCUCGUGCGACUUUUUUUCAUUGCAACAAAUCACAGUACUUGUAGUUGGGUUUAGGUGAUAACAGUCAGAAAACAAAAGUAAACAAUUAUUAAGUGAACAUUGAUUUUGUAGAAUUACUAUGUCGCACUUUAGUCUUGAACGUCAAAUUAGUCAGGCGACAAAAAUGGACGACAAAUUGCAGGGCCCAUUGCCAAGAUGGAAGCGAAAGGCGUUAGAAAACAGCAAUUUGUCGCUAAAUUCGUCGACAAUGAACACUAUACCAGCACCGGGUGCUUUGAAUCAGAGCAUUACAGGCGCUGCCCAAGGUUUGACUGUACAGACAUCGGGUCCAGGUUCUUUGACCAAGGCCAAGAAGAAGACUCCUCUGAAAAAUGAAGGCGAUCGCAUGCUACCUAAUCGACGAGCAAUGGACUUUGAUAAAGCGAAAUUUGCUCUGUCAAAUAAAGAAAAUUCCGACGAGUAUUCAAAAGCUCUUGAACAACAGAUAAACGUCGAUCUCAGUAACUACAGGAUUCUCGCUUACAGGGACAAACCUCCAUCAGCCGCUACUGCCAGUGGACCGAACCGCAUUCUGUAUUCGUCGAGUAAGACCCAGUCCGCUGUCAAAAGCCACCGGUACAUCCCGUCAAGACCUGACAAAAUCCUUGAUGCCCCAGGUAUUGUCGACGAUUUUUACCUCAACCUUCUUGAUUGGAGUGCUCGUAAUGCGGUUGCUGUUGGAUUAGGCGCAAACCUGUUUAUAUGGAAUGCACAAACUGGUAGUAUUGAGCAUCUCAUCGAACUAUCUAACCAACAGGACUAUAUAUCAGCUGUACAGUUUUCGCAGGACGGAUUUUAUCUUGCGGUUGGGCUCUCGUCGAAUUCUGUUGAAAUUUGGGACAUCGAAGCAAAACGCCUACUUAGAACACUUAAUGGCCAUACGAAUCGGGUUGGUUCGAUAUCAUGGAAUUCGUACAUUUGCUCCUCCGGAGCGAGAAGUGGAGUGAUUAUGCACUCCGACGUGCGAGUGGCCGAACAUCAGCAAGGCUCGGUUUCCGCGCAUCUCGAAGAGAUUUGCGGCCUCAGGUGGAGUCCCGAUGGAAAAUAUUUGGCAUCCGGUGGAAACGAUAAUCAACUUCACUUCUGGCCACAGGGGACUUCCGGAAGACUGAGACCCGUUCACACGUUUACGGACCACAUGGCUGGUAUUAAAGCCAUCUCCUGGUGUCCCUUCCAACGAAGUUUGGUGGCUAGUGGUGGAGGGACUGCGGAUCGUACGAUUCGCCUUUGGAACGUGGCAACAGGAUCAAUGCUGUCAUGCACCGACACAAAGUCGCAGGUUUGUGGACUACUUUGGAGCGAAGAGUAUCGUGAGCUCGUAUCGGCUCACGGCUACUCCAACUAUGAGGUCAACCUGUGGAAGUACCCUAAUAUGGCUAAGAUCGGUGAACUGCGCGGCCACACUGCUCGGAUCUUAAACAUAGCACUUUCGCCUGACGGUAGUACCGUAAUGACUGCUUCAGGAGAUGAAACAUUACGGUCUUGGUCGCUUUUUGCGCCCGGUAAAAGCGGCAAGAAGAAGACUACCACAAUCAACGGAAGUGGUGCAGCCAGUGUUAAGGAUACGAGCAGCCAGCUUUAUAAUCUGAGAUGAUAAAAUACGUGAAGAGAUAAUGGGACCGAUAACCACACCAAUGAUUGCGAUAAUCGUAUCUGCCACUUUCAAAAACAAGGUCAACGAUUUUACCUCAGUGGUUUUAAAAUGGGCAAGCCUGUCUUAAAUUUGUCACUUGACUAGAUUUUCACAGGACGAUUUUUACAAAGCGAGUACCAGAAGAAAAUGGUAAUCUAAAACUGGUUCAACGGAACUUGCUGUUAUCAAAAAUAUUGUACAUGUUCUCGAGCAAAUGACCUUCGUUCUCCAUUUUUAAGAUUGUCUUAAAUGCAUCGAAUUCAGUGCUUCAUAAGAGCUAAACAUAUAAUUUUCUGAAUUAUUUUGUAUAACCCUAAUUCUAGUUUUUCCCUUAAAUUUAUUUGGUAGCAUCAUUCGCUGGUAACGUAAUUUGUUUAGCUCAAAACAUACUUUUUGCAUGUGAGAUCAAAUCUUUUUGUGUUCAUCAAUAACGAACCUUGUGUACAUAAGUGUGUAAUAGUAAAAAUAUUAAUUACCGCCCGUACUUAGAUUUAAUCUAUAGAUAUCAUUUGGAAGAGACCUGUCGGAAAAAAUCAUUCCUACCCAUUGCAGGUAAUUGCUGCGAACUGUUCACAUAAUGGUAAAUUCACAACUCAUCUACACAAAUAAUGGGCUGUCAUGUGGGUGAUUAGAUAGUAAAAUGUAUAACAAACAUUUGAAUGCAGUAGUGAUAAUCAAAAAGCUGCAAGCGAUUCCCAGUCCAAUUCCAUUCAGCACCACUAACGCUACAGGUAGAAAAACGUAAUAAAUGUGACUGUUCAAAUCUCAACGAACGAAAGUGUUUCGAUGAAACCUUUAUGUAGGCUCUAGCUAUACUAGACAAUGGUCAUACUUCAUCAUAAAUAUAUGUAUUACGUAGUAUUCAGGAGCUGAUUAGCGUAUAAUUAUUGAAGCCAAAUGCUAGACCAUUCCUAGGAAUACUUGAGCCAAGGAUCAGUGUUUAAUACAUACACGGGCGUUAUAACUGUUUCUGUCGUCAUCGUCAACGAUAUUUCUGGGAACGAAGGAUUGUACUUCUAUGACACUAGACAUUCUGACCAAUUGUAGCUAGGCUUUAUGUAUAUUUACGUAAUAAGAAUGGGUUUAGAAUUAGCAAAUGUAGACAACUUCUCGACUUAGAAUGGAGAUAGAAGAUAGAAAUAAAGAAAAAAAACACCGAAAUAAGCACUUCUGUCAAAAUGGACUUCGUCGGAGCACUGUGCACAAGUCCCAAAAAUGCUUGAAUGCCGUUCUAGAAAACUGAGGCGAAUUGACCUAACAUGAAAGUGUUGUCUAGUUUUUUUUUUUACUAUUACAUAUGCGGUUUGUGGUCUAAGCUUUUUAAAUUUUUUUAAAUA